AUGGCUGUUCCCGCCGACCUAGAACACGAUCAUAACAAACAACAGCAACUAGAACAACACUCACCAACACCACCAACGCCAACACCACCACCGCCACCACCACCGCCAACACCACCACCACCACCACCAACAACAACAACACAACCACCAACAACACCUCCGCCAACACAAACAACACCAACAGCACCACCAUCACCAACAUCAGAUGGAUCCAUUAAGUUACUAGUAUACUGGACGCCGACAAGCACAGACCAGUAUCUACAUUUCCCAUCCCACCACCUCCUAAACUAUAAGUUGGAAGUAGUAAGGACACUGCUUGACCGAUGCAACAAUGUGGUCACAGAACCGGAAGACAAGAUCAGGGAGGAGCAGCACAUCACAACAGCGCUUAAGAAAUGUGGAUAUCCCAAAGAUCAAGAACAAGCCGGCGAUAAAAGAGUAGAAAAAAACCCCAGACAGAUCGAAGACCAGUGGCAACGUAGUGAUACCAUACGUCAACGGAAUAUCGGAGACCAUACAACGGAUAUUCAAGAAACACCGAAUCUUGAUCAGAAUGAGACCACUCCAUCAGGAACAAAGACAGAUUUUCCAUCAACGAUACUUGCUAAGAUCGCGGACAGAGAUAGUAACAAGCGAGUGCGACAAGUGAAGAAGGCCAUCCAGAUAAGAAAACAAGGGCCUGCUAUGAACAGACACUUUGUACGGGGAAGUAACUCCCACAUCACUAAUGUCACCAGUGACCAAGCUGGCAGAAUGUCAGCGAAACUGUCUUGGUACAAAGAACAUACCUAA